AUGGAUAAUAAUAAUUUAAAAAAAUAUAUUCCUGGUGAAUAUGUAACAAAAAAGAAAGUUAACGGAAAAAAGUUUUAUUAUUCUAAAUCUAAUCCAGAUUUUUUUAUAAAAGAAUUAACAAAUGAAGAGGAGUCAAAUAGAGAAAGAGUUAUACAACUAUUAAAUCAUCCAAACAUUGUUGAACACGAAUAUAGCGAAGAAAUCCUUUCCCCAAAUGGCCAAAGAUUAUUCUAUAUUGUGACCAAAUUUGUUCAAAACUCAUGCACUAUUAAAGAAAAAUUGAAAAACACAUCAAAAUUUAAUAGACUAGAUAUAUUAAAAAUCAUAAAACAAUUCAUCGAUGUCUUAGAAUAUCUAAAAGAAUGUGAAGUUUUACACUGCGAUAUUUGUAGUGAUAAUAUAAUGAUAGACGGCGAUAAUAAAAUAACCCUAAUAGAUUUUGGGUUUUCAAAGGAAUUUGAUAAUCCACAUAAAAAAAAAAAAAAUCAUUUACUCAUUUAUAGUAGAACAGGCAAAGAGAAAAUAAUCAAUUCAUUUAUAGACAUCAGAGAUUUAGGUGAUUUGUUAGAAGAAUUCAAAGAUAAAAUACCAAACAAUAUAUCAGCUGAAAAAUUUGAAGAUUUUAUUCAUUGUUGCAAAAAAGAAAAAAAUCUAAAUUUUUUAAAAAGACAUAGUGUAUUUUAUGAAACCUCAAAUUCAGUAAAUAUAAUAGAAUCACAAAAUAUUUUAAAAGAAUCUAUAAAAAUAGACAAUAAUAAUUUUGAACAAUUAUUAUUAAAAAAUUAUACAACAGGUGAAACAAUCAAAAGGAAUGGCAUAGGAAUAAUGUUUUAUUAUUCUAGAUAUAAUCCAGAGUUUAUUAUUAAAGAAUUAACAAACAAAUUUCAGAUCAUCCAAACAUUGUUAAAUUCAUAUAUAAAAAAAAAAAUCUAUUCCCCAGAUAGCCUACCAUUAUUCUAUAUUGUAACCAAAUUUGUUCAAGACUCUUGUAAAAUUAAAAAAAAAUUGGAAAACACAUUAAAAUUUAAAAGAAAGGCUAUUUUAAAAAUCAUAAAUCAAUUCAUCGAUGUCUUACAAUAUCUAAAAGAAAGGAAAGCUUUACACUGUGGUAUUUGUAGUGAUAAUGUAAUGAUUGACAGUGAUAAUAACAUAACCUUAAUAAAUUUUGGUGUUCCAAUCAUUCUCAGUAGAACAGGAAAAGAGAAGCAAUCAAAUACAUAUACUGACAUCAAGGAUUUUGGUAAUUUGUUAGAAGAAUUCAAAGAUAAAAUACCAAACAAUAUAUUUGGUGAAAAAUUUAAUGAUUUUAUUAAUUGUUGCAAAAAUGAAAGAAAUCUAAAUGGAACAAUUCUUAAAGAUUUAAAAAACCAUAGUGUAUUUUAUGACAAUUCAAAUUCUUAUUCAGUAAAUACAACAGAAUCACAACAAGUUGUGUCUGAUAAAACUUUUGAUUUAAUUUCUGGAACAGAUGGCUUCAUAGAUCUAAUUAAAAUGAACGAUGCAAAAACUUCAUGUGACUCUUUCACAAUAGAGCUUUCUGAAGGAAAGCAAAUUUUAGAUGAUAGAACACAAAACCUUAUUUUUUUAUACGGAAAUGGUAAAGAAAAUGAAAAAAAAGUAGAUAUAUUAGAAAAGAAGUUACAAAAUUCUGAUUUUACAAUUUUUAAAUUACGUCUUUCUAAUAUAAUGAAAUGUGUGAAAUUUUAUAUUAAAAAUAGUGUAGAAUGGUCAUCCUAUUGCAAUAUUAUUUUUUAUUAUUCUGAUAAAAUUCAAUAUGAAGAUGAAACUAUUUCAUUAUGCUCUGAAAAUGGAAAAGUUUCAUUAGAUGAAAUUUAUAAGGUUAUAAUGUCCGGACUUAUUAAUAAAAAUAAUGAUGAACAAUUAUCAGAAACUAAAUUAAAACUAGUAUUUAUUAUUGAUUCCUAUGAUGGUUCAUUAAAAGAAGAUGAUGCAUCAAGAUUAAAAAUUACCCUUGACUAUCUAAAAUAUGGUUCAAAACUACCAAAAUGUUCACAUCCAUAUGGCAUAAUGACACUUCCAAGACCAUUUAAUAAUGUAUCAUUAAAAGAUUCUUUUGAAAAAGAUUUUUCUCCACUCAAUAAAUUUUUAAUUAAUAGAAUUAAUAGUGAUAAAUUUGGUAAAAGAUUAUUUUAUAAAACAGCAAACAUUUUAGCAUCUGAAUUUUGGUAUGAAUUUAUUAAGCAUUGUUCAAAUUUAGAUCCCAAUUUUCUUAUAAAGGUUGCUGAACAUUUUAAAAUUGAUAAUGCAAAUAGCCCAAUGUUUUAUGAAAUAAUAAAAAAAUCAAUCACACAAAGAGAAUUUAAAAUAUUAUCAAAUGGGAAUGAUUCCAAUUUCUAA